AUGGCUGAGAUAUCUGAGAUUAAGGCCGUGGAAAUUGAGGCUGAUCAUGAGGAAUGUUCGAUAAAGCAAGUAGAUCUUACAGUUCCGAAAACCGAUGAUCCCACCAUGUCAGUUUUGACAUUCAGAAUGUGGGUUCUUGGUCUUGGUUCUUGUAUCAUUCUAUCCUCUGUAAACCAGUUUUUCUGGUACAGGUCGCAGCCAUUGACUGUUUCCUCUAUUUCUGCACAGAUUGCUGUGGUGCCUUUAGGGCAUCUAAUGGCUAAAAAACUGUCGACUCGUAAGUUCUUUGAGGGUACAAGAUGGGAGUUCGCAUUGAAUCCUGGACCCUUUAAUAUAAAGGAACAUGUGUUGAUUACAAUUUUUGCGAAUUCUGGUGCCGGAACUGUCUAUGCUGCUCAUAUUCUUACCUCUGUUAAGAUAUAUUAUCAGAGGAAACUUACUUUCAUUCCAGCCUUAUUUAUUAUGAUCACCACUCAGAUGCUAGGAUUUGGUUGGGCAGGAAUUUUCAGGAAAUAUUUGGUUGAGCCAGGGGAGAUGUGGUGGCCAUCUAAUCUGGUUCAAGUCUCAUUGUUCAGGGCUCUACAUGAGAGAGAGAGAAGGCCAAAAGGCGGUACAACCCGUACCCAGUACUUCCUGCUAGUCAUGAUCUCCGCUUUUGCAUACUACAUCUUGCCUGGCUAUCUUUUCACUAUGUUAUCAUCUUUUUCCUGGGUCUGUUGGCUUGGUUCCAAGUCUGUUUUGGUUCAGCAGCUAGGUUCAGGAUUAUCGGGAUUUGGAAUAGGUGCUGUAGGAUUUGACUGGGCUACAAUUUCAUCUUAUCUUGGGAGCCCCCUUGCCAGUCCAUGGUUUGCUACUGCCAAUGUUGCCGUUGGAUUUUUCCUGAUCAUGUAUGUGAUGACACCCCUCUGUUACUGUCUCAAUGUCUACAAUGCCAAGAACUUCCCUUUAUAUUCCAAUGACCUAUACACAGCUACGGGUCAGGAAUACAAAAUCCUUGAGAUUAUCAACUCGAAAUUUCAUCUCGAUAGGGAUGCUUAUGCAGAGCAUGGACCUGUGCAUAUGAGCACUUUCUUCGCUAUGACUUAUGGCUUGGGUUUUGCCACACUUUCUGCUACUGUUAUGCAUGUCUUACUCUUUAGUGGAAGUGACCUAUGGAAGCAAAGCAAGAUGGCCUUUGGGGCCAGAAGGAAAAUGGAUAUACAUACAAGGCUAAUGAAGAAAUAUAAGUCAAUUCCCAUGUGGUGGUUUUUUCUCAUUCUUGUUGCAAAUAUUGCUGCUAUAAUCUUUGCUUGUGAGCAUUACAAUGCUGCACUUCAGUUGCGUUGGUGGGGUGUUUUACUAGCUUGUGCCAUCGCCUUCUUCUUCACCCUCCCAAUUGGUAUAAUUAGUGCCACUACAAACCAGCAACCAGGAUUGAAUAUUAUCACAGAAUAUAUAAUAGGGUACCUGUAUCCAGAGCGGCCUGUUGCUAAUAUGUGCUUCAAGGUGUAUGGAUAUAUAAGCAUGGCUCAAGCUCUAACAUUCCUGGCAGAUUUUAAGCUAGGCCACUACAUGAAAAUUCCACCUAGAUCAAUGUUCAUGGCGCAGGUGGUAGGAACACUUGUGGCUGUACUUGUAUACCUAGGAACUGCCUGGUGGAUGAUGGAUGCUGUUCCCAAUCUUUGCGCAGCAGACAACGGCCCAUGGAGAUGUCCACAGGACAGUGUGUUCUUUAAUGCCUCUGUCAUAUGGGGGCUGGUUGGGCCUCGCAGAAUCUUUGGAAACCUCGGUGAAUAUGGCAAUGUCAACUGGUUUUUUCUGGGAGGUGCUGUAGCUCCUCUCAUAGUCUGGAUUUUUCACAAGGCAUUCCCAAGCAAGACAUGGAUCGGCCUCAUUCACAUGCCAAUCAUGUUAGGUGCCACAGCAAUGAUGCCUCCAGCUUCUUCUGUGAACUACACCAGCUGGAUUAUCAUAGGAUUCCUCUCAGGAUAUGUUCUUUUCAGACAUCGAACAGAAUGGUGGAAACGUUAUAAUUAUGUUCUCUCUGGCGGUCUUGAUGCCGGGACAGCCUUUAUGACUCUGUUGAUCUUUUUUGGUCUUGGAUUCUGGAAUGUUGGUCUGCUAUGGUGGGGAAGCAACCCGGACAACCAAGAAGGAUGCCCCUUGGCUAGCUGUCCAACUGCCAAAGGGAUCCUUGUCGAUGGCUGCCCAGUUUUCUGA